AUCCAGUGAAAUAUCUGGCUCAUGGUUCUAGCUGUGGUUGAGAUAUUUACCGCGGAAGAAUAUUUUAAGAAAAAAUGUAUUAAAAAAGACACGCAGUAAAAACGGGAUAGCUUGGAGAACGAUAUUAUAAAAUGUCUUCGUCAAAGACAUCUUGGCUUUUGGGGACCUUGUUAAUAUCAAUACUUUGUUUUGUUUCUUGGAAACAUUCAAUAAUCGAUGUGAGAGGUGCCUUUCUAUUGGUGGGGCGAGGUCUGUUGCUGUUGGGCCUGUCUACCUUGAUGGUGUCAUAUUUUUAUCCACGGCUGAGGUCUUUGUUCUCUUCCAACACCCGAUCAACAUCUGAAUAUUCUGAAGAUGAUGAGACAAAACAAAGACAAAAGCAGGCAAGGGAGGAGCUGCAGGAGAAACACAGUGAGAAGGCCUUCUCUUACCAGGAGUCAGUGCUGAGGCCUCGUCAGGAGUCUUCUAUGAGGAAGAAAGAAGAGCGAUUCUACCGCAUGACGGGAGAGACCUGGAAGCUGACUGACGGAGAACAACUUGGGGAAGGAGAAUCGUUAGGGCAGAGUGCCCAGGAGGAUGUUGAUGGGACACCCAAUCAGGAGGCAGUAAGAAGGAGGAAACUGCCAGAGAGUGCCACCAGACUCCACCCCAAACCUGAGGUCCCUCCCCAAAAAAGGGUGGUCGUUUUACCAGAGGAGCCAGCAGAGGAUGCUGAAGGGGUUGUACGGGUGGCUUUGAGAUGCCCAAGUGGAAGAACAAUUCACAGAAGAUUCCUGAAAUCCGACAGCUCCUCGGUUCUUUUGGACUGGUUGCUGAAAACAGGAUAUCACCCUGCACUCUAUACAUUAUGCACCACCUACCCCAGACAACCCUUGGUCAUUGGGAAAGACAUAAGCAUGGGGGAUGCAGGCAUUUUAACACACACAGUAUUAAAUGUGGAAGGGAAAGAUCCCUCCACGACCUGAGGAAAAAGCAUCAGGUCCAUGCCAUUUUGAAAAUAAAAAUAUGGGCAACUGGUUGCUGGAUCAUGGAAGGCGUCAGAACAGCAAAUCCUUGACAAGGGAACAAAGCUAUAAACUAAGUCCAUAUUGCAUGGAUUCUUAAUGUCAGAACCAAGUAUACAACCAGUGUAUUCCUUUCAUGCUCAGUUGUAUGAAUUACUGUUUCAUUAAAACAUAUUGCUACACAAACA